AUGGCCGACGAGGCGCUGGCAUCGGUGAUGGCCUUCACGGGCGCGACCGAGCCAGUUGCCCGCCACCUUCUCCAGCUGAGCGACAACGACACGAUGCAAGCCUGUCAGCUCUUUUUUGAGCAGCCCGACAUUGUCAGUUCGCUUAACGCCGCGAGUAGCUCGACGGGACCUUCCUCGACGGGACCUUCCUCGACCGCCGCACCCGCCCAGUCUUCACGCUCGAGAUCUGCCGGAAGAGAAGAUGCCCAGGGCGUCAUUCACAUUGACGAAAGCGACGAUGAAGGUGAUGUGCAGAUGGGCGGAACACCAGGGCCCCGGGCGGCUUUGGAUGACGACUUUGAGGCGUCGGGGGCGGCCGCGGCCGCGAGGUCGGCGCAGGAAGAUGAGGACGCGGCAAUGGCGCGUCGUCUACAGGAAGAACUCUACGGCGCCGGCGGAGCUGGAGGCUCGGCUGGGCUUGGCGAUGACGAGGUGCGCGCCCCGAUCGGGCGGACAACGGAGACGUUGGUCGCGCCGGAGUUUGGAGGCCUUUCUGGUGGCAUGUACGCGGGAGGUGAAGAAGACGAAGCCGACGCAGAAGCAUUUCUUGAGGAGAUGCGGCGGAGAAGGCGCGAGCAGCAGGCCUCAGGAGCCUAUCGUGCUACUCGGUCAGAAAACCCCGCCAAUCCUUUUUCGCAGUCUGUUUGGGAUGAAGGUCCUCCGGGCAGGGCUGGCGGGUCAGCUGGGGCGCAGUCUGCAACUAGCAGAAGGCUGGCAGAAUUGUACAGACCGCCGCGGGAGAUCCUUACACACCUCGACUGGGACGACACAAGAGACGAGGGCAAGGAUCAAAAGAAGUGGAUCCUCGUCAACCUCCAAGACAUGGCCGAUUUCCGCUGCCAGAUGCUGAACCGAGAUGUGUGGAAAGACGAAGGUGUGCAGCAGAUCAUCCGGGAGAAGUUUUUAUUUCUGCAAUACGACAAGGAUCUCGGUAAUGCACGGCAGUUCAUUCAGCUUUACCUGCCUAACGAGCAACACCUCAACUCGGAUAUCUACCCGUACAUUGCAGUUGUUGAUCCUCGAACUGGCGAACAGAUGAAAGUAUGGUCCGGGCAAGAUUGCCCGACGGCAGCUACCGAUUUCAAGGAGAAACUUGAGGACUUCCUGGAAAGAUAUAGGUUCUCAGGCAAGAACCCCGUGGCGACCACGAAAGCACCCAAGCGCGUGGUCAAGGAUGUCGACCGCAUGACAGAGGACGAGAUGCUCCAACUAGCGAUGCAGAAUAGUCUGGCGACGGCCAAUAAUGGGUCUGGGGAGUCUUCCUCGCGGCCAAGCAUUCAAGACCCGGACGAGCUCACAAAGUCGACUGGUUCGUCCGACAAAGGGAAAAACAAGGCUGUCGAGGAACAGACACCGGCGGCCCCACCAGCAGACGAGCAGCAAGACUCGGCUUGGGCCAAGAUAGCCUCGGAUCGACCACAUUCGGAGCCUGCAGCAGGCACUGCGGGAGUCACGCGUAUCCAAUUCAUGAGCCCGAGCGGCAAGGUGGUACGACGAUUUGCUGUCACGGAUCCGGUGCGGCGGUUGUACGAGUGGUUAAAAGCGGAGCCGCUUGGCGGAGAAGAUAAGGCUGGCGUCGAGUUUGAGAUAAAGCGCGUCCCUCAAGGAACGGAUCUCAUUGUGGAUCUGGACAAGACGAUAGAGGAGGCAGGUAUCAAACAGUCGUCUCUCGCAGUGGAGUUUGUGGGGUGA